ACACAUAAAUAGGACCAAUUUUGCAUCAUUUUCACUUACUGGGGCGUUAAGACAAACACUUAGAAGGCAUGGGUGAGCUUCACUCUAUUGCUUACAGUUCGCUAGGUUGGGAUCUUCAACACCUUGGAGUUCUCAACGCAGACAUGUCUUUGGGGGGAGUCAUGGAUGGGACUGGCAAUUCACAGUUUUUCUCAUCUCUGGAGCCUGAUUUCUCAACUGGGUAUUUGGAAGAUGCUUUGGUUGAAUUCGGUGAACGAUUCAAAAGAAGACGAUUGCUUCUGUACAGUACAGAUGACCAAAUCAGAGGACCAAGUGAUCCUUCAGAGGGCUAUUAUAACUAUAAUUCAAACUGCAAGUGGGACAUCUCUGAGAAUUUCAGUUGCAUGAGCCAGAUUACUGCUCUUCUUGGAGUUUCAGAUGAACAUAUGAGCACAUCAAUGAGUAACACCAGUACUGAAGAAGAAGCAAACAUUUUCUCAGAGACCAAAACAGCAGAGGAUGCCAUAUCCGCCCCUGAAACUCUUGAAUCUCCAUCCUCUUCAUAUAAACCCAAAACCUAUUUUGGGAGUACUGGUAUUGAUGAUGAUAAGAGAAAGAAGAGAAUGAUAAACAGAGUUGUAUAUCCAUUCGCAUUGGUGAAGCCAGGAGGGAUUGAAGGAGACAUGACUCUAAAUGACAUCAAUGAGAGAAUUCUGAUGCCACCAACAAGACCAGUAAGGCAUCCGGUGGGCGACUUUGCUUGUCGACCAUGUGUAUCCACAGAUGGUCCUGGUCUUUCAGGGAAAGCAGUAGUGGCCCUUACAAGAAUCCAUACACAAGGGAGAAGAGGCACAAUCACUAUCAUUAGAACCAAAGAUUGAACAAAAGCCAGAAUUGUUGUGUUUGAAUUGUAUAUAUAGAAAGUGAUGAUGUGUAUGUUUAAACUGUUUUGUUAAAUAUAUAGUGCUCAACGAUUACUAUUGCCA